CUGAAUCUUCAUACCAGUGCUAAAAUCCCUAUCAAACCGUGAAAAGAACAGGAUCAUGCUCAACGAUUCCCAGUCUUGUUCCAGAGACUCCACCGAUCAGACGCUGGAGCGGAACGCACAUUGGAGCACUAUCGAGCCUUUGGCCCCGUUGGAAUCGGGGACGACCCUGAUCAAGGGUUGCCUAUCCGGCAAGCCCACCAUGCGGCAUCAUCCAAAUCAGCGCUACCAUCUCCGGCAAUCAAUAUCAAAUUCAUGGCUAGUGAUCUCGCUUUGGAUUCUGCAAGCCCUUUGGUCGAGUCCGGCAGAGGCGAUAUCGGCCUUAACGCACACCCUUGAAAAUGGAAAUCUGGCUGGAGGGCUUUUGCCGUCUCUUGGUCAGAACGACUUCCACGCCAUUUCUAGUCGAUCCGUGGAGGAUUAUUCACCGUUGUCUGCGUCAUCUUUAGAUCAAAGUGGGAUGCAUCGACAAGAUCGGAACCAUUAUUUUAGAUCCGUACGGAUCCCUAGUGAUCAUUACUUUCGAUCACUGAGAUCGCCUAGUGAUCACUACUUUCGAUCCAUGCGGGACCCGAGCGACCACUAUUUCCGCUCCCUGAGAUCUCCUAACGAUCACUACUUCCGAUCUCUCCGAGAUGUCAGCGAUCACUAUUUUCGCUCAAUGCGAUCCCCCAACAACCACUACUUCCGAUCCAUGAGAGCUAAUCCCGAACCAAACGAUCACUACUUUCGGUCCUUAAGAGUAAAAGAAACCAACAAUAACCAUUACUUCAGGUCCCUAAGAUCUAACCCAUCCGUCGAGAUUCGGUCUCCUAAUGACCACUAUUUCCGUUCCCUGAGAACUCCCCAGGAUCACUAUUUCCGGUCCAUGAGAAAUCCUCAGGAUCACUAUUUCCGGUCCAUGAGAACUCCUCAGGAUCACUAUUUCCGGUCCAUGAGAACUCCCCAGGAUCAUUACUUUCGAUCCCUCCGAAGCAAAUCAGAAACCAGGACUGGUGAGGGGGAGGAACCUCUGGAAGACCCCAAGAUUGCAGAGGAGGACUCCUUACAAAAGGAUCAGAAGCCCGAGGUCCAACAAGAUCCUCAGAACCACUACUUUAGAUCGCUUCGCCAAAGUUUAGGGUUCCAAAGAGAGUAUCAAAGGGCUAUCAAAGCAGGGACUCAAAACCAUUACUUUCGCUCCAUGAGGAAAAGAUCGGACGGCGAGAAACCGAAUGGGCCAUUGUCAUUUAAGCGACUCACAGGAGAAUCCUCCACUCCCAAGGCCUUGGACCAUUACUUCCGAUCCUUGAGAUCUCAAGCACCGACCCGAGACGAUCCUUUUGUGCAAGACAACACUUCGUCUCCUUUGGAAGACGACCCGAGCUACCUGAAUCAGUUGUUGAUCCAGAGCGUUCUGGACGGAAAACCGUAUCAGGGAGUCGAGAUUCCGUUCUCGCUCACCAAUAUGUCCGGCAAUAAUGACGAUCAUUCUGUUGUUGAGCCCUCUGAAGCCGAUCAUUGAGAAUGAAUGACCCCCCUAACCCAUACCAUCAGACGAAGCAAUCUCCGGACUCCCCAAGAGAGAUGACAGUUGAACAUCUUGUUCCUGGCCUACUUUUGAUCCAGUUUUAGUUUGCGUAAUAUUGUACCGCCUAGACCGUUUGAAAUGAUCUUUAAUCAUUCCGGUUUCAAUGAAAUGACUCCAGAAAAAACACGUUCAAUCAUACGUGCAAAUCCAUAUUCAAUGACAUAUACAGAUAAUUUAUCUUUUAAGUAACAUAUCAUAAAUUGAUUAGUGUAUCCCUCUUAUCAAGAUUAAAGCUAAACAGCAUUUCAUACAUACUACAUUUUAUCAUGCCCACACCUGAUAUUGUCACACUGCAACAUGGUUAUUUUGGCUUUUGCAAUAAAGUUCCAUUAUUAUCUCAACGUCUUAAAGAAUAAACUGCCAGUUAUGGGGAAAAGAUAUUACCUACUUAAA